CUCUGCAGACAUGGCCGCGUGUGCAAGAGCUGCAACUGUCAGUAUCUUUUUAUUCCUGACGAAGGUGACGCUAGUGACACCUGCCACCACCCCUGCGCCGCGUCUGACGGAAAACGACUGCGCUGUGCAUACUUUGCCGAUCGAGGUUCUGCAACAGCUGAUGAACAGCGCUGAGGUCAUCCUGAAGAACUUCGACUCAGGAAUGGCAGUCCAACCAGAGGCAGGAUCAUCCGACGCUGCUGUAGACGGAUCAGCCACCCACAUCCUCCUGCGUCGAAUGGACAGCGAACAGACGGAGCUGAGGAGAAAAGUUCUCCACUUAGAAGCAGAACUGUCCCGGAUGAAGGAAGGCCAGGAAAGUAGUUCCACCACCUGCCACCACCACCAGCAGGAGAUUAACAGUAGCGUGGUAAAUCAGGUGCAGCAGCUUCAGGAAGAAACCAGGCAGGUGACAGAUCAGCUGUCAGCUCAGGUGCAGCAGCUUCAGGAAGAGGUGAAGAACCAGCUGUUCGGUCUGUCUCAGCAGGUCAACCAGACGCUUCAAGUCCCAGUGGCUACGUCCGGAAGAGGACUGGAAACACAGAGUGACCUCGAUACCAGGCCUCGGGACUGCUACGACCUCCUUCGAUCAGGAAGAAACGAAAGUGGCAUCUACACAAUUUAUCCUCAAACAUGUGGAAUUCCGGGUGAAGGGGUCGCCGUCUGGUGUGACAUGGGCGAGAAAGAGGUCAACGAAGGCGGAUGGACCGUUGUCCUUCUUCGGCGACCUCUCAGUACCCAGGUGAACUUCAGCAGGGGAUGGGACGAUUACAGAAUUGGAUUUGGGAGUCCAGACACUGAAUACUGGAUAGGUAACGACGUGCUCCACGCCCUCACGAACAGAACAACCCAAGUGCUCCGGGUGGACAUGACCGACUGGGACGGGGAGUCCCGGUACCAAGAGUACAGCUCCUUCCACGUCGCCGACGGAGAUCACCAGUACAGCCUCCGACUGGGGACGGGAUCCGGAACUGCUGGGGAUGCCCUCAAACGUCAUGAUAACAUGCUCUUCUCCACUCCCGACAGAGAUAACGAUACUCACGAUUCUGUUAACUGCGCAGAUUCAUACGACAGUGGCUUCUGGUUUUAUAUUUGUAAGCAUGCGAGUCCAACGAACCCAUUUAUGAGCAAGCAGAAAAACAAAGCUGGGAUAACUUGGAACACGUUCCACUCUGACCGGAGCACGCUGCAAAGCAUCACCUUUAAAGUGAAGCCAGCUGUGUUAUAGAGGAUGAUUUCUCUCAGUCAUAAAUCUUAAAACCCAGUGUCAAUCUAUGCGCAACAAAACUUGUUAUAAAGGAAUGUAAAGGGUGACUGAGAGAAAAUUAAGAAAACAGAGAAAUUUGUAAAUUGCGAAUAAACAGUAGUCUACUGGGUGUUCUUCAGCAAGCGACCUUGGUGGCUUCUCUACUCAUUUACAUAA